UGAAUAAAGCUGAGAGCAGCAGAAGGAGAAGCUCAGUGUGUGAGUGAGUGAAGAGUGAUCUGAGUGAAGGAAUUUGAGCAGUGGAGAUGUUUCUGUUGGACUCAGAGACGCUCUUUAGCGCCAGCACUCUUCUGGAGUCGGGGUCUGCCGUGAACGGGGGUGAGGAUGCUUCCGGUCAGUCUCCGGCUCAUGUGGCGGCCUGUGGUGGGGAGGCCUUCUGUCUGCUCUGGCUGCUUCACACAGGUGCAGAUCCCAACCAGCAGGACGCCUUCGGGGAAACCCCAGUACAUAAAGCAGCCAGAGUGGGAAGUCUGGAGUGCAUCAGUGUUCUGGUGGCCAGUGAGGCGCAACUAGAGAUCCGGAACAGCGAGGGCCUCACAGCAGAGGACGUAGCCUGGUCUGCAGGGCGGGAACAUUGCGGAAGGCUUUUACGCACCCUCAGGAAUAACGGACGCCCACUGACUUCCACAGGACCUGGGCGCAAGCGGGCACUAGAAAACACAAGCCUGGAUGCUGUGGAUGGAAAGAAAGCAAGGGACUGGUGAAGGAGAUGGAGGAAGGGAUGGAGUUCAUGUCACCGUGGUUCAUCCAGAGUGUUACAAUGCAAGGAACAUGAUCAAAGAUGGCAGAGCAGGUUUACUUACUAUAAGAAGGAGCAGGUGUGACAUAUCUGGGUCUGGCUAUCUGAAUGGACUGGCUAUCUGGAAAUGGCAACCCAAAACUUCAACAGAUUCAGACAGAGAUUAAGCCCAGAGAUCUUAGUCCUACAAGAAACGAUGAUGCUAAUGGUUAUUAGUCUAAGAUUAGUCUAGGCCUAGGCUUAAUCUAGACUAGUGGGGCCAGGUGGGUGUACGCUCCGAGUGGGUUUGUACAUUUGCUUGAAAUGUUUUUUUAAAAGGGAUUAAUACGGCCCAACUUAACACUGGUCCUGAUUAAGCCCUGGUUGUACACAACCCAGAUGAGGCCCAUGUUUAAGAUCUCUGAACUCUGACAUCAGCCAACAGAUGCCUGUGCAGAGUGCUGAGGUAAAAGAGCGCCGUCCCCCACCCAAACAGAGCUUGGUCAAUUGUGCUCUCUCUGACUUUGGCUGCUGAUAGCGAGCAGCACGUCCCGGGAUUCAAACUAGCGAUCCUCUUAUCAUAGUUGUUGCACCUUAUUUCACUGGACAGCUCCAAGCCUCUGGGUGACAGUUUUUCGCUUCUCCAAAAACUGUUGCAACAUGACAAUAUUGGUGGGUAAAUGGUUGGAUCCAGGGAUCAGCUGUUUAAAAAAAGAAAGAAUAAUGGCAGAAGGUCCUGUUAUGUCAUGCUGAAGAUAAAUUGGUUGGACACGUAGUUCUCGCUAUGCAAUCUCAUGGGCUGGCUGUAAGUAGUCACUGCUCUUUCCUCCUGACUCAGUCGUCAACUGGUCCAGAUAUCAAACCUGCUAAAUAUUUGCUGGGUGACUAGGACUUACCUGCAAUAAUUUGUUUGUGGAUCGGCAAACGUCUUUCAGCGAUUCUCAUUACAUGACUAAGUGAGCACAGAGUAAUCGCAGACGUGCUUCUGACCAGAGGUAAAAAGUGGAUUUGUUCAGAGCACUGAUUUGAGAUGUGUGUACCUGCCACAUUCUGCUUCUGCUUGACUGGAAAUGUUGAUAAAUCUGGCAACCCUGGUAUUGAGACUUUUAAUGAGCAGUAGAGGCUUGCAGACUGUAAAAACUAAACUGUGUAUGGUACUGUGCAAAUGUUUUAGACACUAUAGCACAUUACUCUUAUCGUUAAGAUGAAUGGUUUUAAGUAAACCGAUGCAAAUAAAGAUAAAUGCUGUAGAAGUAACGGGAAUUUCACUUUUAAAGAAAGUUUAGUUCCAGAUUUCCUCACAGGACUCGGUGAGGAAAGGUUAGAGGUGUUUUCAUUAAAACAGUUAUGUAAAAUUAGUGUUUUACUGAGCUAUUAAACACUUACUGUCCAGAUAAGAAGCUUUAUUUAAUUGUAAUUUCCAAAAGAUGUCUAAAAUCCUUUGCACAGUGCUGUAUGUGUAACAUGAUACAGUCUCCAUAUAAUUUCAACAUACCUGAAUUAGGUCAUGUAGCAGAUGGUGCAGAGGGCUGGUGAAGGCCGGCUGUAUAUGUGUUGACAACACAAACUUGGAAACCUUUUUUUUCCCUGGAGUUAUUUUGAAAUUCCUACACAUGCAGAUGCUUGAGAACUUUCCACUUGUUUAAGUUUACACAACGGGUUUUGUAAAGAUUUGUAAGUCAUACUGAAAAUUGUGAAACUGUUUACAAUAAAAAUUACUCAUACUGGUACUGUAAUGUUUUUACACAAUAAAGUUGUCUUUAAUA